AUGGAUGCUGUAAGUGAUCGAAUAGGAUUAGUUAAUGGUGCAAAUAGAUUAUAUACAAUGGAUGGUCAAUUAAUUAAAUCGUUGGAAGAACUUGAAAAUGAUAAGCCAGUUAAACCGUGUCGUUUAUCACGCAGCGUUGAAUUGAAUAAAACGAAUGCUAAAUCGACGUCUAAACAUGCAAAACAAUCUAUUUCUAAUAAGGAGAUCAAUGAACAAUCGCAACAAUCUGACAAUGUGAAUUUGAAACCGAGCCAUAAAAAAGAAGGUUCAAAGUCAAUUUUGGCUUUAAACAGAGAUGAUACUUCUAUUGAAUCGAAGAAAACAAAUGAAAGAUCCAAUCGAGUAUUAAAGCCAACAAAAAUUGCUAGUACAGCGAACAAUGCAAACAAUAUGCAAGGAAUAUUAUCCACUAAAAAAAGUCAAUUUCUACUAAUCGAAGCUAAAAAUUAA